CUCGCUCGCAACCUCUUUGACUACACGCCUUGAAAAACACCUUAUAUUUUUUAUUCAACUCUAUACCAAUGUUUACAAAAUCUAACACUUAAAUAUAUGUUUACAUUUUUAAAUUCCAAGCUCCAAACACCCUAUGCAGUUUCAAAGGAUUAGAAGUGACGUGAAAUGUUUACCUCCUGUGAUAUAUGUUGAUUGUUUUUUUGUUUAUGUGAUAUAUCGAACAAUUUUUGCUGAAAAAACUUUAUGAGAUUAUGCUCUACUUGGGAACUGAGUGUUAGUUUUUGUUUUUGUUGCUGCUUCAUUGUUACUUCGACAAAUCGCUCGCUACAGGAAGCGAACCCACUACCCCUGCAGUUAUCCUCGUGAGUCGACACCGCAGGCUACUCCGCUGCCCGCACGCAUAGGAUGAUAGAAACUGACCCUGGUCCUAAGAAACCUCACAAUUGUGAUGUAAAAAGUGACCACCAACUGAACGGGCCAGGUUCCAAAACUGUCGACCUUAGUGUCGUACCGCCGCUGAAGUCACCUUCAAAACUUGAUCCAGAAAAAGGCUCCGGUUCAGAGAAAGCUGACUUCGAACGGGCGAUAGAACAAGCUGGAUAUGGCCGCUUCCACUACAUGCUGCUGGCCGUGUGCGGGCUCGUCAGCACCUCGGAGGAGAUGGACGUCAUCUCCAUGUCCUUCAUCUUGCCGUCUGCGCAGUGCGACCUAAACCUCACCACGCAGACCAAAGGAUGGCUCAACAGCAUAAUCUUCAUCGGCAUGAUGGCGGGCGCGUACGCGUGGGGCUCCGUGGCGGACUCGCUCGGCCGCAAGCGAGUGCUCAUCGCCAUCUCCAUCAUCAACGCGCUGGCCAUCGUCGCCUCCUCCUUCAGCCAGAACUACGAGCUCUUCAUGCUCUUCCGCUUCAUCAAUGGCGCUGCUUUGGGAGGAUCAGGUCCCGUUAUCUGGUCGUACUUCGCAGAAUUCCAGCCGAAAAAGAAGCGUGGAGCCAUGUUGAGUUUCAUGGCGGCUUUCUGGACUCUCGGUAACCUGUUCGUAGCUGGUCUCGCCUGGGUCAUCAUUCCUAGUGAGAUCGGAGGAGAAACCGGAGGGUUUGUUUACAAUUCGUGGCGAAUCUUCCUCUUGGUGAUGUCACUGCCUUCCUUCUUGGUAGCAGCACUCUUGUUCCUUCUGCCAGAAUCCCCCAAGUUUUUAAUAUCCACGGGAAGACAUGACGAGGCCUUAGAAGUAUUCCGUGGCAUAUAUAUGAUGAACACAGGCCGGGACAAGGAUCUUUAUCCUGUAAAACAAAUUCUUGUAGAAGAGCCCGUUCACCGUAAACCGGAGAAGGUCGUAGAAGUUAAAGAAUCAAAGUCCAAGUUGAAGAAAAUGAUGGGAGACAUCGUGGAACAUAGCAAACAGCUGUUCGUACCGCCGAUACUAAAGUUUACUGCGAUCUCCAUAACAAUCAACUUCACAUUCCACAUAGGAUACUACGGUCUGAUGAUGUGGUUCCCUGAAAUGUUCAACCGGUUCGACGAAUGGUCCAGAACGCACGACAACGCUGAAGCAGACAUCUGCCAGGUCACUGCCUACGUCACGCAGUUCGGCACACACUCCACGGAGGCGCGCUGCGACUCGCACAUACACUCAAAUGUGUUUAUGGACUCUUUGAUCACCGUCGCCGCUGCUAUACCAUCGAACAUCUUCGCUGUUCUGGGAAUGGAUCGAUUAGGAAGGAAGUUCUUCUUAGUUUUCGCGACAUUCUCCGCGGGCAUGUGCUCUGCGGCGAUGUACUUCGUGUACAACAAGACGAACAACCUCAUCGUGAGCGCCGUGUUCAGCUCCGUCAUUUCCUGCGGGAACGCCUCGCUUGACUGCCUCAUCACCGAGGUCUUCCCCACCAACUUACGAGCAACCGGUGUGGCGGUAUCCAUGGUAGCGGCCAGACUGGGCGGCAUCAUCGGCAACGUGGUGAUUGCUGCGCUACUCGACACCUACUGCCCGGCGCCCACGUUCAUAGUCGCCGUGCUGCUGGCCAGCGGCGGGCUCAUGUGCCUCUUCCUACCCAACACUACCCGACAAGCACUGCAAUAACGGAUAAAAACGUUCCACGUUCAAAAAUCCUGGACAUUUAAAGCCAAACUGUGCGCCAUGUUUAUCCAUAAACAAUUUAAAAGUGAAGAUAGAAAACGCAUGUCAUUUCAUCGGACGCCCACGUUGAAUUCACUUUUUCACAAAUCCAGCGGGAGCCAUGUAUUUUUCUGGGAUAAAAAGUAGCCUGUGUGUUAAUCCAGAGUAAAAUCUAUUUUAAUUCUAAAUUUCAGCCAAAUCGCCGCAAGACUGACAAAGUUUCAUACAAACUUUCAUCCUUUUGGGGGUAGAAUUGAUUUUUUCAGCCCGAUCCGUCCAGUGGUUUGCGCUGUGCGUUGAUAGAUGACUAUGUUAGUCAGUCACCUCUGAGUUUAUAUAGGUAUAUUUAAAUUAUGUAUUUUUUUGUAAGCUUAUUAAUCAACUUUAAUGUCACUAAAAGCAAUUUAAAAUUGUUAUUAGGUGUAAAAUGACUGGCGAUUUAUUUUGGUCAUUUUUAUUUUUGUUUGUUGAUAAACAUUGCACAGCAAGUCUGGUUUUAUUAUAGAUAUGUUCGGGGGUUUACCUGAAUUAUCUAAUAAAUAUAUUAUUAUUAAUGCCAAAAAUAUCAUUAGCAAUAAAAAAUAACGUGAGUAGAACGUAGUUUCUAACUACUAAUUUUGUUAUCUACUGUAGGUACCUACCUAUUCUUAAAAUGCAUGUUUCAUACAGUGUCUCUGUCUACAAAUUAUUAUUCUAUUUUAAAUAUUUUUUUAUUUAAAUAGUUAGGUACAUUUGUACAAAAUAAAUAAAUAAGUUAAGUAAAUGUAUUUCUGCUGUAGGUAUAAUUGUUUUUUUUUUAUUUGAAAUAUAACAAAAUCAUAUUAAAUAGGUAGGUAUUUGGCCAAUUCAAACAAUUUAUUAUUAAAAAAAUAUUAAUACAAAAUUAUAUAACUUUUUUGCUCAUGUAAUAAAUAAAUUUCAUUUUUCUUUGUUAAUAGUUUAUUAACGUGGAAUUGUUUAAUGUUCAAGUGAGAAACAGAAUAGAUAUAUAUCAUUUUUAUCGCACAAGUCAAAUAUGUAGAUAGAUAAUUUGAUCAUUAUUAUUUUGUACAAUACUUUUGUUGUAAUUUAAUAUGUGCUUUUAAUUUAUAAAUUAAAUAAGAGCAAUUAUUUUCAUAGAUUGUAAAUUAACUGAUCAAGUGUGUAAGUUACACAUUCAUAAAGUAGGAUUCCGUAGAUAUGUUAAUAAAGAAAACUUUUAUUGAAAUUAUAACAUGGUUGUUUUUAUAUAUUUUGUUCCAUGUAGUGUAGCUACCUAUAUUAAAUGUACAUCAAUUAUUUUUACCUGGCAACUUAACGCAAUAAAACUGCUUGAUUAAGUAGUGCUGUCUUUGACUAUUUUUCUAUAUAUUGGUCUGAGAGUGCUGCAAGCGACAUACAUUACUUUGCACUGAAAGCGCAGACAGCAAAAACUUCGACUGAUUGGCGUGUCGUCAUGAGUCAUAAAUAUACGAUUUUGACAUAAACACAACACUGAAUUAUUAAAUUAUUAUAUUAAUAAUAAUUAAUAAUUUUAUUAAAUUAAUAAUUAUAUUAAAUUAAUAAUUAAUAAUUUUAUUGAAUUAAUAAUUAAUUAUUUUAUUAAAUUAAAUAAGAAUAUUUCAAGCAAAUAUAAUUUUCAAUGUUUAUUCUUGAUUGGGCCAUCGUUUUGCUUGUCUUUUUUGUAAGAAGUGCGAUGGAUACUUGCUAUCUGUCUAUUUACUUUUCGGUCUACGAUGAAAACAAUACAUUUUUCUAGUUUUCCAAGCGUUUGCAAUUGUAGAAAGAGAAUCGACAUGCCACUUGGCUAGGGGGCAGUUCAGGGAAUUGCAACUUUAUAGCGGACUAGAAGUUUGGUCAGUUCGGCCAACACACAUCUUUUGUACAUUCAAAACAAAUAGGAUACUAUUGUUGAGUAGCUACAUUUUAAAUAUCGUAAGCAUUAAGUAAUAUGAAAUGGAAAAUAAAAUGAUACUUCAUAUUUUAUUGUAUUAAAUUACUUUAAAUUAAGGUUUAAAUAAAAGUAAGAUAUUGAAUAAA